AUGGCGCGCUUCACCGUGUGGGACUAUGUGGUCUUUGCGGCCAUGCUGCUCAUCUCAGCCAUCAUUGGCAUCUACUACGCCUUCGCGGGAGGCACGCAGAAGACAUCAAAGGACUUCCUCAUGGCUGGCCGCAGCAUGAGUGCCCUCCCGGUGGCACUGUCCCUCACUGCCAGCUUUAUGUCGGCCGUCACGGUGCUGGGCACCCCUGCUGAGAUCUAUCGCUAUGGUGCCGUCUUCUGCAUCUUUGCCAUCACCUAUGCCCUGGUGGUGCUGUGCAGUGCUGAGAUCUUCCUGCCUGUCUUCUACAAGCUGGGCAUUACCAGCACCUAUGAGUAUUUAGAACUUCGAUUUAAUAAGUAUCUACGCCUCUGUGGAACGGUCCUUUUCAUAAUACAAACGACUUUAUACACCGGUAUUGUAAUUUAUGCUCCAGCUUUAGCACUAAAUCAAGUCACUGGCUUUGACUUGUGGGGCGCCGUGGUGGCGACUGGCGUGGUCUGCACAUUCUACUGCACAUUGGGUGGUCUGAAGGCAGUGGUGUGGACAGAUGUUUUCCAGGUUGGAAUCAUGGUUGCUGGAUUUUCAUCUGUGAUUAUACGAGCUGUGGUGGUUCAGGAGGGAAUUGGACGCAUUGUAAAUGAUUCCUACCAUGGAGGAAGAUUAAACUUCUGGGACUUUGAUCCCAAUCCUUUGCAAAGGCACACUUUCUGGACGAUUGUUAUAGGUGGGACUUUCACAUGGACUGGUAUAUAUGGGGUUAACCAAUCUCAAGUCCAGAGAUACAUUGCAUGCAAAAACAGAUUCCACGCAAAAUUGUCCCUCUACAUCAACCUGGUGGGGCUCUGGGCAAUCCUGGUCUGUGCCACACUGUGUGGGCUGGCCCUCUACUCCAUCUACAAAGACUGUGACCCAUGGAUGAACAACGAGGUGUCAGCACUCGACCAGCUAAUGCCAUACCUAGUGCUGGAUAUCAUGCGUGAUUUUCCAGGAGUGCCAGGGCUUUUUGUGGCUAGUGCCUACAGUGGGACAUUAAGUACUGUGUCCUCCAGCAUCAAUGCUCUGGCUGCUGUGACUGUUGAAGACCUCAUUAAGCCCUACUUCAAAUCUCUCUCUGAAAGGAAGCUGUCAUGGAUUUCCAUGGGGAUGAGCCUGUUUUAUGGUGGAGUCUGCAUUGCUAUGGCUGCAGUGGCAUCUCUUCUGGGAGCCUUGUUGCAGGCAGCACUCAGCAUUUUUGGCAUGGUUGGUGGCCCCCUUUUAGGACUGUUUGCCUUGGGAAUCCUCUGCUCCUUUGCAAAUGGAAUUGGAGCAUUUGUGGGUCUUGUCAGUGGCUUCGUUAUUUCACUUUGGGUUGGAAUUGGAUCUCAGAUUUAUCCUCCACUUCCAGAGAGGACCAAGCCACUCUAUCUCUCGACUGCAGGCUGUAAUAUAUCUACAGGAAAUUUAACAUCAACAGAAAUUCCACUAACGACAAUUUUCAGCACACCAGGUGCAGAAAGGCCUGCCCUGGCAGACAACUGGUAUUCCUUGUCUUAUCUCUACUUCAGCACACUUGGGACACUUGUCACAGUAGUUGUGGGAAUAAUUAUCAGCCUCCUAACAGGAGGACUAAAGCAGAACACAGAUCCUAAAUUCCUGCUGACCAAGGAAGAUUUCCUGUCCAACUUCUCACGGUCUGAAACUGAGCAACCAGAGAAAGUGGAAGUGUUGAACUGGAAACCAUUUACCGUGGCAGAUGAAGGAACUGACAACCCUGCCUUCAGCCACAUUGAAAUGGAUGUUGCAAGUGACAAGAACAAAGUCAAUGGUCUUCAUACUUCAUAGCUGACACCAAGGCUGUGUCAGCCCAUGGGGACACCUGUAAAGCACUGCUGACAUUCCUGUUCUGGGUCAGUUACCAGCUCUGCUGGGGUCAUGGGCAGGCAUCAGCUGAGCUUUGUGGCACUAUCACCUUUGCAUGACCUUGACAUUAGUCAAGAAAGGAAUCAGGUUUUUCUUGCACUUCCUCCUCUCUCACUCUGGUUUUUAGUGACAGAGCCUAAAGCAUUGUUUCUAAGUGAAAUAUUUGCCUGAUAUUCUUGAGCCUCCUGGAAAAUACCUGCUUUUAAUCUCAUUUCACCCUCAGAGUGAAUUUUUUAUUUGGAAAGAGUACUGUUCACCCAGACAUGGCUGUUUUUCCGGAUUGUUUUUCUUCUUUUAUAUUUUAAGGCAUUGAAAGUAUGAAGAGAUUAGGGUGCGGGAACUUAUCAGAUUGCAAGAAAUAGUGUGGUUUGUUUUUUUUUUUUUUUUUUUUUUGUAUGGGAGGUAUAUUUACUGCUAUCUGGUUCUGUAGAACUGAUUCUGAGAGCAUAUUUAUUUUGCUGGUUUUGUCAUUUAUGUUUUUUCUAACUCACUUGAUUCUGGGCUACCUGCACCUUCUCCUCUGUGCUCACUGCUGGGAGCUGCAAGAGUGACUUUGGUGGUGGUAGAGGCAAGGGUCAGUACUGUCUUUCCCUUCAUGCCUUAUCUCCUUCUUCUCCCCUGUCUUGCCCUUGCAGAGCUGGUCCUCAUGAAGGAAAUAAUCUAUCUGCACCUUUUAUUCAGAGCCAUAGACCAGAACCACAGUAGCCUUCUACUGCAUGCCCAGCUUGCUGGCCUAGGGUUGUUCUUGCACUAGGCUGGGCACAGUGCAGCAGAGAUGCUAAUAAAGAACAUUCCCUUUUGGCUCUACUGGACAAGGGUGAACUGGACAAGGUGGACUGCAGUUGCCACAGCAGUUCUCUCCAGGGCUAUGAGCUGAAACCUUCUUAGCCAUUUGUGUUCUUGCAGUCCUUGUUUUCACUCUGGGGAUUCAUGUUCAAGGUUGGCUCAGAUCAGACAAGUGCACACUGUGUUUUGGCAGGUGUGCAGACCCCCUGCACAAUUCUCCAGCAUGGAGAAGGGAUCACAGUGGAUGUGGUGUGGUGAAGGCUUCUCCAGGGCUGCAGAGCCUAUGGAAUGGCAUGUCCUCUGGUGGCUGCCAAGGUUAACAGCCCAUCCAUGUGAGACCGUGCUCUGGGCUGGUGUUUUGGGAGGGUUAAAAACCCCCAUUGCUUUCUUCUCCUGCUUGAGUUUGGGUACAGUGUGAAACAGACCCAGAGUUCCCCAGUGGGGAACUCUAACCCACUGUAUUGUUUUUGUACUUCAGACUUUUACUAUGGCUAUACAAGAAUGUUUAAGACUCUUCCAAAGCAGUAAAAUCAAGUUGGAAAAUUAAAGCCAUUGCAGGAAAUCUGAGUUGUGAAGCUUAGAAGGCAGUCAUGCUUGGGUGAAAAACUGGCUGCAUGCCUUAAGUGCUUUCUAGAAGUUAUACUGCAUUUGUGCCAAGUACUGAGCUACUGUAACUUGGAAUAUGAUACAGUGCUAGCUUAGUGCUUAGUGACUGGGGUCCUGUAGCAUCUAAAUCAAAUUUUUUUUCUGUGCCCUUGUGACAGAGGGCACUUGAUGAUCUACUGCAUAAGAUGAGCUGUUAGGAUCAGAAAACAAAGGUGAAAAAUUGGGCUGCAAGGACCAGAGCAGGAGAACAGGCCAGCCAGACACUCUGUGGGUGUCACCAAGGCUGUGACUCCAUCGGUGAACUGAUGUGUGAGGGUGGCAGGUUUCCCCCAUGCCUCCUGAAGCAUUUUUCCUGUGUUAUGCAGUGCAGGGUUUAGGGCCAGCCCCUUUUCUCACUUUCCUCUGCUGCAGCUCUGGGUUCAGGUCAGUGCCUAAGCCACUGUGUGGAAGGGCUAUGAUCAGGCGGGAUAGAUCCCAUGAGUUAUGCCUUGUGUUCCUGUAUUAAAGGUCUGAGACAAACAAUGGCAUCCUGAAUAAAGUUUUCUAGGAUUCAGGACAGGAAUAUCUCUGUUUUGGGUUACUCUGAGUUACUCUGAGACAAUUAUCCUGUUGAUUGAAUCAACUGGCUAUGAUUCUCAAGUCUCAGAAGAUAACUGCAGCUCAUUCAACCUUGUGCCUUGCCUUCAUCACCCAGAAACAGAUACUGCAUUCUGUGUUAUGGAAUACUUCUUCAGCCUUAGAAUAUAAUAAUUUAUACUUAACAGCUACCUUCAGCCCACAGAUCUGAAAGAGGGUAAGCACUGCUAUUUCCAUGCCUGUGCAGAGUGCUGAAGUGGACUGGUGUGUCUCUCUGUACUGUGCUUUGUGAGUGAGAGUAAGCUGUAAAAGAGAGCAGAAACCUGCAGCAAGCACUUGAUCUGUAUGCCUGCCAGUAUGGCUACAGCCCUCCCAAUCCAAAUGCUGAAUUCCCAUCUGACUGUUCUUCUCCAGAGGGUGACUGGUCACUGCUGUGUGAAACAGCAUCAGCAUGUCCUCUCUGCAUCACUCUCUGCUGAAAUUACUGUGCUGUAGUGAUGCUGCCUUAGACUGUCUUAGAUCAUCUGUAACUUCUACCUAUUUUGUUCAUGAAUACUAAUCUUCCUGGUUAUCAUACUUUUAAAAUGUAUUUUUUUCCUCUGUGUUUUGAAUUCACUUAGUUGUUUAAAACAGAGGGAACACUUAAAUUGUCAUCUUACCUUCCCUUUAUUGCUGAAGUCACUUUUUAAGCACUGAGCAGUCAUUUAACUUGAAUUUAGGUAUGAAGUGAAAGUUUGUGCCAGGUGAUAUUUAUUGGUCCACAAUCAUAACAUCAAGAUGAGUUUUCACUGGGAAGUAUAUCUUGCUGUAAGCAGUUUAGAGACAAACCCCCUUGCACUUUGCAGAUGACCUCUGCAACUACCCCAUUUCUUGCUGUCUAACCUCCCAUGACUGCUGCAGAGCUAUAAAAUGACUCUUUAUUUUUUUCUAUAUUCCUCUUAAUUGACAUCAUUAGUUACAACAAUUACUCAAUUUUCAAUAAUACUUUCUCUGGGAAAAUAUACUGUCCUCUGCUAACUCUACUCUACUGUCCUCUAAACUAGUGACCUCCUUGUCUGUGUAAAAGCAAGAUAAUUCUUGGAGUCUCCACCAUACUCCUGCACCCUGAUCCUUCAUCUCUCCUAGCCACCUGAUAAAGAAAUGUGGGAUGCUCAAAAUUGAUUCAUUUCACAGGAGUGGGAGCAUUCCAGAGCGUCCAAAUUAGAUGCAGCAUCUGGCAGGGUUGUGAGACAACAAUUAGGAACCUGUUUAAGUAAAAACAUUAAAAAUCUCCAACCCUAUAACCACAACAGUAACAAUAUUUGACUAUGUGAAUACACAAAAGAACCACAGAGAGAAAAGUGAUAGGUUUUGUCUCUUUUUGGUCUGCAUUUAAGUUUUACUUCCAUCUGACUGGUCAGUUCGCUUGCUGAACAAGUAAGGUAAACAGAAAGAAACUCAUCAAUGACAAACAGUAAAUAUUUCGUAUGCAUAAUUUAUUUUUAAAGUUUAUUACAUCACAUUAUACAAGCAUUAAACAUGGCUUUAUGUUGAUGAUUUUUUUUAAAGUGUGAAAACUUGACGUUCUUCUUCAUAGAAUUUUUCUAUUUACAAAUAAACAAUCUCUCUAUAUACUUUAUAUAUAUAUAUAUAUAUAAUAUAUAUGGUCAAUAAUGUAACUCCCCUCAGAAAGAUUUAAAAUAAAAAAGAACUGAUUUGUAAACACAGUUUCUGUCAUAGUAUUUGGUGGCUUGAAUGUAGAUGAUGUUCUAUUCCUAGAUUUUUGUUUUGUCAGAUUAUCCAUGUUGUUCAUUUACAUUUUUUAUUCUAAGAUCUGUAAAACCAGCAUGGGACAGAAUGCAAAAAACUUAGCAAAUGGGCUGAAAAACAGUCCCAAUGUACAUUUUUUCCCUUAGUUUUAAAAAGUGGUGUGGAACUGCUCAUGAAGUACAUGCUGCUGUCAAAAAUGGCCUAUGGAGAACAAUCCUAUGCUGACUGCAAGAUGAUUUCACAGUAAAUCCUCUGAUGUGUGCUGUCCUGCUUGCUAUGUAAAAUGUCUGUGCCAUGCAUUGAGGUUGCAUUUUUUUCUCAUUCCCUUGAAGGUAGUGCUCUUGUGGAGCUGGAAUAAGUAAGGAAUAAGUAAACAACAUACAGGACUGUCACAUGGAGAUUUAAACAAAACCCAUCAUCAGAUCAGAAAGGGAAUGGCAUAAAUUAGUUCUCUAAAGACUAUUAAAAUUCAAUUUAUUAUUAUUAUUAUAAUAUUAUUUAUAUAUUUUUUUCUAAUAAAUAAGAAGGGGGCAUCUUUCCUGAGUG